AUGAAAAGAUGUAUCAGAGUAGCGCUAGCUGUUCUCUGCGUUAUCACUUCAUGUAACGCCGGAAGACAAUGUAACUGUCAUCCAGAAGAAAUUCUAGAAACCAUAUCGGAAGUUUUGGAUUAUCGAGACGCAUGGCCUUUUCUCACAAGUCCAGACACUCUGUAUUUGAUGCGUCUCCCAUUGAAUUAUUUUAUUGGCGCCAUCCAGUGCGUCAUCAGCACACUGGACAAUAAAAACCCACCGGCGUUUCCAACGGUUCAUCGAUGGAUAGAGUAUAUUGAUCCAAUUCAAGGCGAGAUAUGGAAAAAAAAAUGGGUGACGCUGACAAUGCAAAACAAAACCGCUUCAAAAUUAUCCUCAUCAUUCACAACCACUGACUUCCCGAGCUUUGGUUCCGAGUUCCCCGUGGUGUUUGCCGACUCGAAGUGCCUGAUAUAUCGAAUUUUAAGCCACAAUUUCGGUGGGCGAACAGGUUGUGCUUGGUGGGUGAAAGAAAGCGCCAAAGACAACCCUCUGUGGCAUUGUAGAUUGAUUUUCGAUUUUUUCUGUAAAAUAAGUUACAAAGAAAUUUACAACAAAAAGGCAUGUGAUCAUUUAACGAAGCAAGGAAAACUCAGUAACAGACUUUUGGGAAAACUUUAG